AUGCCCGAAUCAACACCUAGCAUCGUUGAUAUCCGUAAUGGUUCUCCCAUUAAAGCACAAGGACACCACAUCGUCAGCAAUGAUAGCGGCACUGUCGUCUCUCAUCAGGAGCCCGAAAUAGUACCAACCAAAGACGCCGACAAUGACAUCGAUCUUGCAAAGGUCAUCCUCGAUGGACUCUGUCCCAAACAACGUGGUCAACCCAAGACCAUUCCCACGAUCGUCCUGUACGACGACCGUGGCCUGCAACUAUUCGAUGAGAUCACUUAUCUGGAAGAGUACUAUCUGACCCAUGAGGAAAUCGAGAUCCUUGAGCAUGAUGCGGACAAGAUCGUGGACCAUAUACCCGACAACAGUGUCAUUGUCGAGCUUGGUGCAGGGUCGCUACGAAAGACUGUUCUGCUACUAAACGCGGUUGAGAGAAAGCGCAAGAACGUCGUGUACUAUGCAUUGGAUUUAAUGCUUGAUGAGCUGACCAAGUCUCUCAAAUCCCUGGGCCAGUUCAACAAUAUCAAGAUUGUGGGCUUGUGGGGCACGUACGACCAAGGGAUAGCAUUCGUCAGCUCUAUUGGACCCGAGAUUCCCAAGACCCUCCUUUGGCUCGGCUCGUCCAUUGGCAGUUACACGAGGGAAGAUGCCGCCCACCUUCUUGUCUCCUACCGCCAAUCGCUGAACAAGGGUGAUAACUGGCUCAUCGGAAUCGAUCGAAGGAACGAUCCACAGGAGAUUACUCUGGCGUACAACGACUCCAAGGGCGUGACACGCGAGUUUAUCUUGAACGGUCUUGACCAUGCCAACGUCCUUCUGGGUCAACAGGUUCUAGAUCGCGACAACUUUGGGUACUAUGGACGGUAUAACGAAGAGGAGGGCCGACAUGAGGCUUACUACAAGGUUAAGAAGCCGCAUCAAAUGAAGUACAGGAAUCCUGCGACGGGACAAGAAAUCGUUGUGGAUAUGGCUGAGGACGAGCUGAUCAACAUGGAGUACUCGUACAAGUGGUCUCCGCAGGAGACAGCACAGUUGUUUCAACAGACAAGACUCAUGCCAAUUGGGCAGUGGACAAGCUCAAGCAAACGCUACGAUCUGCACCUUGUCUCCAAGAUGACGGAUUCUUGA